CCAACAAGGCCAGUCAGGGGGACCAGCCAUUCCUGUCCUGUGCAGAAAAUAGACAUCGUGGAAAGUGUGAGUCUGUUCGAGGCCUUGGGGCAACAACAGGGAGAUGCCAAUGGAGGCAAGGCAAUGAGAAAGUUAUAUCUGAGAAUUACUCGACCUGUUCCCCUGACCUAAAGACAUGUCCAGAUGGUUUUUGUGAUGCAAUUGAAAGCAAAGAUUCAUCAAUAUGCCCACAAGACUGUACAAAGGAAACUGUAAUCGGAGGACAUGAACGAGGCUUGAGGAACGGAAUCCAGGCUGGUUAUGGAACCUGCUACUGCUAUGCUGAGAGAUGCUUCUGUGAGAAGGAAGAUGUAGAGGAGACGAUAUGUGACGACAUGUGUAAAACCAUCAUCGCCACAGCGUUGCUCCUGUCCUUCAUCGUUUCAAUCAUCAUGUCAUCAUAUUUCAUACAUCGGUACCACAAGAACUCUCCUAAGCCCCCGAUUGCCUCUGCUGAGAUGACUUUCCGCCGGCCGGCUCAGGCCUACCCCAUUAGCUUCCCUGCAAAUAACAUACGACGGGGCUCACAGGAAUCCAUUGAAACAGACACCUUUAAAAUACCUGAGGAUCCUAAGUGGGAGUUUCCUCGUAAAAACCUUGUACUUGGCAAGACUUUGGGAGAAGGUGAAUUUGGAAAAGUUGUCAAAGCAACAGCAUUCAGGCUUAAAGGGAAGGCUGGAUACACUACUGUGGCUGUGAAAAUGCUUAAAGAAAAUGCCUCCUACAGUGAGCUGCGUGACCUGCUGUCAGAAUUUACUUUACUGAAGCAAGUCAACCAUCCCCAUGUCAUAAAGAUGUAUGGAGCAUGCAGUCAGGACGGCCCAUUGUAUCUGAUUGUGGAGUAUGCCAAGUAUGGGUCACUGCGCAACUUCCUGCGGGAGAGUCGGAAAGUUGGCCCAAGUUAUAUGGGCAGGGAUGCCAACCGAAACUCCAGCUACCUGGAGAACCCAGACGACAGGGCACUAACCAUGGGUGACCUGAUCUCCUUUGCAUGGCAGAUCUCCAGAGGCAUGCAAUACCUCGCAGAAAUGAAGCUUGUCCACAGGGACCUUGCAGCACGAAAUGUCCUUGUAGCUGAGGGACGGAAGAUGAAGAUCUCAGACUUUGGCCUUUCCAGAGACGUGUAUGAGGAGGACUCGUAUGUUAAGAGGAGCAAGGGCCGUAUACCUGUUAAAUGGAUGGCAAUAGAGUCCUUGUUUGAUCACAUUUACACAACACAAAGUGACGUCUGGUCCUUUGGUGUGCUGUUGUGGGAGAUAGUGACCCUUGGAGGAAAUCCAUACCCAGGUAUUGCUCCUGAACGCCUCUUCAACCUGCUCAAGACCGGCUACAGGAUGGAGAGACCAGAGAAUUGCUCGGAGGAAAUGUAUAACCUCAUGCUUCGAUGCUGGAAGCAAGAAGCAGAGAAGAGGCCGACAUUCUCAGACAUCAGCAAAGAACUGGAAAAGAUGAUGGUGAAAAGCAGAGAUUACCUGGACCUGGCGGCAUCCACCCCAGCAGAUGCCCUGCUGUACGAUGACGCCCUCUCUGAAGAGGACACACCACUUGUGGACUGUAAUAACGCCCCCCUCCCUCGAACCCUUCCCUCCACAUGGAUUGAAAACAAGCUCUAUGGCAUGUCAUACCCGAACUGGCCAGAGAAGAGCCCGGUACCGCUCAUCAGACAUGAUGCCACUAAUCCAGUCUUUACAAGAUAUGCCAAUGAUAGUGUUUAUGCAAACUGGAUGGCUUUGCCUUCACCCGCAAAAGCUGUGGACAAGCUUGAUAGCUAAAGACAAACCAACUCUGUUGAAGAGAUAACUGAUUGGGAGAUAUGUAUAUUUCUAAAAGAUUGUAUAUAUGUUAUCUGAUACUAAAGUUGGUCCUUUCUAUUUCUGUUGCACGGGUAUUCAACGGGUAAACUGGGGUCAUUUAAAUGCAAAAGCAGCAGAUAUAGGCCAUGCUUUAUUCAGCUCUUCAGUACGUCAAUUAUUACCUCACAGAUCAUGUUGGCCAAGUAAUUCCACUGCAUGACUGUUGUACCAGAUUGUAUGCCAGUGUAAAUGUUUUUAAGUGCCUGUGCUGCUUCUACAAUAGUCUCAAAAUACUAAAGUGUGACUGAAGAUUUCAUUCCAGCCCAGGAAUUAAAUGGGACAUCUUUACCCUCACCUGUUGUAGGCAGCAGGAGUUGAGUGGACAAAAGCAUAAUGUUGAACAUGUUCUGAAAUGUAAAGUUUCUACUUUAGAAGAUUGUGCCCCUCAAAAUGUUAAAGACCUUUUUUGUGUUUCUCCCACGAGAUGAUUCAAAACUGAUCUUGCCAAAGAAAGUAAAACAGACAUGUUUAGUGCACAGUCAUCGUGUACCUUGUUUGUUUGUUUUUGUAUAUGACAAUAUUACCUUGUGAGUGCUACUCCAGUGUAAGGACAUAGGACUAAAUGUAGAUCGUGACCAUGUCUUGUGUCAGACUACUGGUCAAUUUUUGAUUCACUGUAAUGGCAAUCUUUGUGGAAAAAGUAUGAUGUGAACUAACAAGUGUUAUCACUACUAUGUUGGUUUAAUUUAAUUUUGUUCCAAUUAAUAAUAAACAUUGAUAAUGUGCA